UCACGGUGGCAGUGGCACUCGAAACAUGGCAGACGUCAUUGAUUGUAACUUUCCUGUUUGGGGCCUGCUACCUAAAAAAGAGACGGGUGUCACUCAAUUUCUCGGCAAAUAUCCCGAGUACGAUGGCCGAGGUGUCAUCAUCGCGAUCCUCGACUCAGGAGUGGAUCCCGGAGCGCCGGGUAUGCAGGUGACUUCGGAUGGGAAACCAAAAAUUAUCGAGAGAUUCGACUGCAGCGGAGCUGGAGAUGUAGACACUAGCAAAGUUGCGCAAGCACCGGAUGGAUACAUACUUGGUCUGACUGGUCGUAAAUUAAAGGUCCCAUCUAAUUGGAAGAAUCCUAGUGGAGAGUAUCAUAUUGGUUUAAAGAACCUGUACUCACUAUACCCUUCUAAAUUAAAAGAAAGAGUAGUGGCAGAACGUAAAAAACAUCUCUGGGACGAUGGACAUAAAACGGCACUUGCGGAAGCUUCCAGACAAUUACAGGAAUUUGAAAGCAAGAAUUCACAAUUAUCGACCUUAGAGGAAAGGCUGGAGAAGGAGGAACUUGAAGCUCGCGUCGAAGUAUUGAAUAAUAUCGAGAAAAAGUAUUGCGAUGUAGGACCCACUUAUGAUUGCGUUGUUUUCCACGACGGUAAUAUUUGGAGAGCAUGUAUCGACACCACCGAAGAAGGUAAUCUCGAAGCUGGCGUCUUCCUCGGCGAAUACUCCGUCACGAGGGAUUUUGCUCCUCUCACUCAGGAGGAUCAAUUAAAUAUUAGUAUUAAUGUGCACGAUGAGGGGAACACGUUAGAAAUUGUCAGUUUAUGUUCGAGCCAUGGGACACAUGUAGCGUCAAUCGCAGCCGCGUAUUUCCCGGAUAAUCCCGAGUUGAACGGAGUCGCGCCAGGUGCACAAAUCAUCUCGUUGACCGUCGGUGACGGGCGUAUCGGCACGAUGGAGACCGGCACGGCUGUAGUACGGGCGAUGAUUUACAUAAUGCAGCAUAAGCAAAAGAUCCAUGUUAUAAACAUGAGUUACGGAGAACAUGCUCACUGGUCGAACACCGGUAGGAUAGGAGAAUUGAUGAACGAGGUCAUCGACGAGUACGGUGUGAUCUGGGUUGCAUCUGCCGGCAAUCUCGGACCGGCUCUGUGCACAAUUGGAACUCCCCCGGAUAUCAGUUCAAACAGUAUUAUUAGCGUCGGUGCUUACGUGUCACCCGAUAUGAUGGUAGCUGAAUAUUCUUUGAGAGAAAAGAUGGCGGGUAUGCCGUACACGUGGUCCUCCCGCGGCCCGAUGAUAGACGGAGGCGCGGGGGUAACCGUGUGCGCACCGGGAGGUGCUAUCACCAGCGUACCGAAUUUCACUCUGAGAAAGAGUCAGCUUAUGAACGGUACGAGCAUGGCGAGUCCGCACGUGACUGGAGCAGUGGCGAUUCUUAUAUCGGGACUUCUUGCCAAAGGUUGUCCAUAUUCUCCUUACAGUAUCAAGAGGGCGCUUGAAAAUACCGCUCUCUACGUAUCCAAUUUAGACCCGUUUGCCCAAGGUUCCGGCCUACUGCAAGUCGAAAGCGCAUUCGAUAAUCUCACCUCAUACUGCGAUGCCCCCGAAAGGGACGUUCGAUUCGCCAUCAAUUGUGGCGUUAAUAACAGUAAGGGCAUCCACAUGAGAACAGGUUUUAUCGAUCGCCCGAAGGAUUACGCGAUCACCGUUGAACCGGUGUUCAUGGAUAGCGAAAAUAUAGAUCCGUCGCGCAAAAUCGACUUUAAUCUGAAGUUGACGCUUGUGUGUGGCGCUUCGUGGGUCCAAUUUCCGACGCAUCUAGACUUGAUGCACAUGCCUCGUGCUUUUGCCAUCAGAGUUGAAGCUUCUAACUUAUCAGAAGGUGUUCAUGCGACUAAUGUGCGAGCGUAUGAUGUAUCCAAUAUCGCGAAAGGUCCAGUAUUCCAAAUUCCGGUGACGGUUGUUCAACCGAUGACGCUACCGAAGACUGCGCUUUUGCCGGAUUUAACGUAUACAAAUAUCUUAUUUAAGCCUAAUACAAUUCAGCGUCAUUUCAUUCUUGUGCCGGAAGAUGCUACUUGGGCAGUUUUGCGAUUAAGGAGCACGGAAAAGGAUAAGACUGGUAGAUUCGUGAUUCACACUAUUCAACUGAAACCUCGAAUGUCCUGCAAAACUCUCGAGGUUAACAGAAUUAUCAGCGUUACAUCUCAGUCGGAAACUGUUCAACCAUUUGCUGUCCAGGGUGGAUUAAUUUUAGAAGUGGUUAUCGCGAAAUAUUGGGCAAACCUGGGUGACAUGUUUAUUGAUUAUUCCAUCGAAUUCCAUGGGAUCCAUAUGAUAAAUGGCAAUCUUACGAUGCAAUCCGGAGAUGGAAUAAACCGUAUUGAAUUACGUAGUUCUCUUAGAAACGAAGAGGUUGUACCUAGCAUUUCUCUGAAGUCAACUGUUCAAAUUUUGAAGCCUAAUGAAUCGAAAAUCGCUCCUUUACGAGCGCGUGAUAUCAUCCCACCAUCACGGCAAAUAUACGAGUUGCAAUUAACAUACACAUUCCACUCGGCAAAAGCAACUGAGGUCACGCCGAACGCUGCAUUGCUCAGUGAUCUGUUGUAUGAAAGUGAAUAUGAAAGUCAAAUGUGGAUGAUUUACGACAGCAACAAACAAUUGAUUUGUUGCGGAGAUGCAUAUCCAUCUAAGUAUACGAUUCAAAAGUUAGAAAAAGGAGAUUACACUUUGAAGAUGCAUAUACGUCACGAAAAGAGAGAUCUGCUGGAAAAAUUGACGGACAUGCCGUUACUUCUGAGUCAAAAGCUAGGCACGCCGAUUAAUCUGGAUAUUUACGCCAGUCAGUCGCAGGCUAUUAUCGGCGGAAAGAAGAUGGUAGCUGCGUCUGUUCCACCUGGUCAUAUCCUCCCCUUGUAUAUCGCUCCGAUGUCUAACGAAAGCAACACUGAAAACAAAAUAUCCAAAGGCGCUACCCUCGGUAGUUAUCUUCAAGGUACAUUGACUUUCUGUAAAGAUGAUAUCGGAAAGAAGGUGGAUAGCCAUUUAUUCAAAUACAUCUUGUCCGAGCCCGCCAAGAAAAACAGCAACACCACUACCAAGUCCGAGAAAGAGAAAACUAUGACGAAAUGGGAUGAGUACAAUGAGGCGCUGAGAGAUCUCAAGUGCAAUUGGCUCGCGAAACUCGCGCCGUCUAUAAAACCCGGCGAGUAUGCCAAUUUGUUGUAUGGCGAGUUGAAGAACAUCUUCUCGGACCACCUGCCCGUCCACACCGCUAUGCUGACGUCUUUGGAUUCUCCCGAGGCGCGCAGACACGUGCCGCACGAUGACCUCUCGGAGAACGCAAUCGCACUCGCCAAUCAAAUAAUAACAGUCGCCGACGCUGUAAUCACAAAUAUCGAUCAGGACAAGUUAUUGGCAUACUUCGGCCUGAAGAGCGACCAGCGUCCCGACGCAGCUAAAAUCAAGGCCACGAUGGAGAAGCAAAAGAACAGCUUGAUCGAGGUGUUAGUGAAGAAGGGGUGCGCACUGGCCCGGUUGUACGUACACGGUACGAAGACCGGAGAGGAGGGGUCCUACGGACAUUUGCUCGAAAGCGUCACGCAUCAUUGGCAAGAAGUGCAAAAGUUCGCGGAGCCUACUGACAACAAGGUUAUCAUUCUAUCUUUGUGGCAUGCCCACGUCAAUAAUCACUAUGGACGUUAUUUGAAAUUACUGACGCGCUAUUACGAGGAGAAGCCGUUGAAGGAGGUUGACGAGAAGUGUAUCGAGAUCGCGAGGAUCCUGGGAUGGGAACAUUGGUCGCGUCUCAUCACGACGAGUAUACCGACCCGUUACCCGACUACUUACAGAUCAUUUUGAUCACUGAUUUGAUGAGGCCGGUGUGUUAUGUGGCCGUGAGAUAAAACAAGAACAAUCGCGAAUACCGUUUCCAACGUAUCUUUGUAAUAACAGUGUCGAGCCGAGUCGGGUGUAAUAUAUAUAUGCGUUUAGAUAAAUAUUAGUUUAUUACAAUUAUAAUAAACUAAUAAUUUAGAAAUUUUGCCGAAACUGAUUUGAACAGUCAUAUGCGUAUGUGCUGUGUGAUAUAAUUUGCAUGGAAAUUGAAUAUCGGUAUCGAUCGAAAUUUAUUGAUUCACGAGAGACAAAUAUAAUAUAAGCAAUAACAACAUGAAAUGUGUCUCAUUCGCCAAAUGCACUGUCAAUAUCGCGAUGGUGAAAACAUCAACGACAGGCAGUCUCCGAUUCGAACGAGUACUUAGUCGGUAACCCGUUACUUCCCAACAUUGCCGAUUUCAAUGAAUAAUUUUAUCUAACUGUCGGAUUAACCGAACCUCAUGAGCACAUGUAUCGCACUUAGUCCCAUUCUUUGGUUAUAACGUCGAAUCUACGUCACUAAACUCAAGUUGUCCAGCUUUAUUUUUAUGAUAAAUUAUAUGUAAAUAUAUAUAUCUGCGUAUUUUAUUUUUACGCCGACAAGAUGUAGUUUAUUCCAUUGAUGUAUGUUGUUUCUGGUGUACCAAGCAGCUCAUGACGCGAGACAAAUCCCGAACGGACUAUUUAUUAGUUUUUGCGUAUGCGUCUCAUCGGGGAUAAGAUGGAUGCAAUGUCAGUUGCGCACAGACAUUUUUAUAUCUUAUUACAUAAUCGACGAAACAUAAUACCCUGUGCAGAGCAAUGUACAUAUUGGAGAAUAAAUUUGGUGUAUCAGCCGCAUUAGAACGAAGAAGAGAGGUUCGCUUUCAGUCGACAUUUUCACACAAGUAUGACGUCUGCGUCACGCUUAAAAGAUCAGAACGGUCCAUAUCGACGAUCGAUAUUGUCAUCGCGAUCAAGUGAGGACAACACGCUACGAGAGAACAAAAAUUAACCGAAUAAAACGUGUUUUACUAGGAAUUACGAAUAUGAAAUAACAAUUGUAAUCGUUAGAUCUGAGAGGAUAAUUACGGAAUGAAGGCCGAGCUCGAAAAGCAUUGUAUGGUAAGGAAAUUGUAUUGUUUUUAUCAAUAUUGCGCGAUCAUCUAAGUAAUAAAAAUCUUAAACAAGU